AUUAUUCGUCCAGGUGGGAGGUGGCAGAAGAGAUGUGUUAAUAUUUGAUAAGGAACUCAAGGCGCUUCCAGGGCUGGCAAGUUCUCGGUGACCCUACAGCCCCUCACUGAAGACUUGGCCCAUCUACCCUCGGAAUGGUUCUUGGGGUCCACCCUGGGCUAAACCUCCCCUCCGAAGUCAGGGGCUCCACCCUUGGAGUGGAGUGAGGGACCCGGGGCCAGGGUCCCCUCAGCGGCAGAGAGGGGAGGGAGUGUGAGCUGCUUCGCAUGAGGGACUUAACUAGCCAUGUGGGGGAUAGAGAAUAUUUUGCAGGAACUCCUACCUCCCAUUCCCAGGGGAGAAGGACAGCAGAAAAGACAGACUGUUAAAAUACUUGUCCCUUGGACAUUUGAAACCUACUAAGCAGCUUGGAUUUAAUAGAAAGAAUUAUAAUUAACUCAAGUGCGUUGCAGUUGUAUGGUAUGGGCCCCUUAAGGCUAGAGAGUGACCUGUUGCAGAUGGAAAUCCCUGGAGCACCUGCUCCUACUGAGAGAGGGGACAGGAGAGGACACUGCCGGGAGGCGCUGGGACUUUGCCCAGGACACACACAGGUUUUGCUGAGCUGGAGUGCAGGAUAGCCCCCUCUCUCAGAGCAAGGUCCAUGACAGGGAGCUUCUUCAGUCCCUCUGAAGAAGGGGGAUGGGGUGGCAGAGUCACACUGGUGCUAUGACAUUCAAGCCAUGAACCCUCAAUACAGCUGCCAGGGGCCUGACCAUUGGGGUGGAGACUGCCAGAAGAGUCACCAGUCACCCAUUGACAUCAUCACCAACAAGACCAGGCUGGACCACAGCCUGGGGGACUUCUCCUUCUCUGGCUAUGACAAGAAGCAAAGGCGGACCGUCCAAAACAACGGGCACUCAGUGAUGGUGUCGCUGGAGUCUGGUGUCGAGAUUAAUGGAGGAGGCCUGGCCACGCAUUAUCGGGCCACGCAGCUGCACCUGCACUGGUCCGAGAAGGUGGACAAGGGCUCGGAGCACAGCCUCGAUGGGCAACACUUUGCCAUGGAGAUGCACAUCGUCCAUGAGAAGGAGAUGAGCCUCAAAGAAGAGAACCCUAAAGACAAGAUUGCGGUGCUGGCCUUCCUGGUAGAGGAGGGAAAUGAGCUCAAUGAAGGCUUCUGGCCCCUGGUGGAGGCCCUGGACCUCGUCCCCAAACCCAAUAUGAGCACCACGAUGGAGCCAAGCAGCAUAAUGGACCUGCUGCCCAAGAAGGAGAAACUGAGGCACUACUUCCGCUACCAGGGCUCACUCACCACACCAAACUGUGAUGAGACAGUUGUCUGGACCGUGUUCAAGGAGCAUAUUCAGCUCCACAAAGACCAGAUUCUGGCAUUCUCCCAGAAGCUGUAUUAUGACAAGGAACGGUCAAUGAGGAUGACAGACAAUGUCAGGCCCCUGCAGGAUCUGGGAGACCGCCUGGUGUACACAUCCCAGGCCCCGGGACAGCUGCUGCCUUUACCCCUGCCUGCCCUGCUGAUGCCCACGCUCACCUGCCUGGUGGCCGGCUUCCUCCGAUGA